AUGUGCAUACACCACCCCCUCAGCUCCGUUAAUACUUUCAUUUCUGCCAUAUUCUGCUUAUUAAAAGAAAAAAAAAAAAAAGGAGGAAAGGGGAUUAGAAAAAAAAAGACUUUUGUUUCCAGUAUCUUUUUUUCUCCAGAAGAGCUUCACAUUAUCUAUAGUUUACAAUACAGGCAGGCCAUGCUUUGCACUAGUUCUGACAGGCAUGAAUUUCAGUCACAGUGGUUUAGUUACAUAUUUUCCAAAAAAAGAAAUGGUUUGGAUUUCAGUUUCCAUGGUGUAUUAAUGAGUAAUUGCAUAAAGUAUAAAUUUUGCUGCUAG